AUGGCCUAUGCUUUUGUGAAGUUGUUUAAGUUUGUUAUUACAGCAGUUUGUGUUGCCCUGUUGAGCAACCUCUGCCUGGGUAGUGUACCAAUGCAGAGAUAUCAUGAGGAUGAAUGUGAAGCUCUUCUCUAUUUCAAGGCCGUCUUAAACGAUAUAGAUGGCUCCCUUAGUGAGUGGGUGAAGGGAUCCAACUGUUGCGAAUGGGAUGGUAUAUCCUGUGAUGAGCACAGUAGCCAUGUUGUCGAAGUUAAACUUUAUAUGUAUUCUGGGCAGGGAGGUGCCAUAUCUGAUAGCCUGUGUCGUCUUCGUUUUCUUACAACAGUCCAGUUGAUGGAGUGUGGAUUGACAGGUAUUAUUCCUCCCUGUUUGGGAAAUCUCUCAUACCUUCAAACUCUUGAUUUAUCUAGCAAUGAUUUAAGUGGAGUUAUUCCCCCUUCCAUUUGCCUGAUUACCCGUCUUACUUCCCUUCAUCUGGAAGAGAAUACAUUAGGUGGAAAUAUACCCUACUGUCUCGGUAAUGUUUCGGAUCUAACUGAGCUCUACCUUAAUAGCAACCAACUAAGGGGAACUAUACCUUCUUCCCUAGGUGCUCUCUCUUCUUUGUCCAGCCUUCAGCUUUAUUCCAAUCAACUUAGUGGCCAUAUUCCAGAAUCUAUAGGCAAUCUGUCUAUGCUUGUUAACUUGGUAGUGUUUCGGAUCUAA